UCGUCAGACCAGUUCUUAGGCAGUGUUUGUGUGCAUACGUACGUGUUCGGGGAAGUCCUCGCAGCCAGAAGCUCAAACUCAAGAAACUGGAUUUGGUUCUGAGAAAGGCGUAACAGACUGUUGUUUUAUUUAACAGAUCUUUUUUACAGAAAUGUGGGUUUGAUUUGAACACAUCAAACAGGAACACUAAGAGGAGGUUGACUGUGUUUGAGUUCACCACAGCUGUGAGGCUUCAGCGUCUGGACCAUGUUCUCCUCUGCUACCCCGUUCAAAAACCAGCAGUACCCUGAGCUGAAGAAGGACUGUAUCAACGACAAGACGCUGUUUGAGGAUCCAGAGUUCCCAGCCAGCAACACAUCCCUGUAUUUUAAGAAACCACCUCCUGGUUAUGUGGAGUGGAAACGACCUGGGGAGAUCAGCAAUGACCCCCAUCUGUUUGUGGAGGGCAUCAGCUCCCAUGACCUGAACCAGGGGGUUGUGGGAAACUGCUGGUUUGUUGCAGCCUGCUCCUGCCUGGCUUUGAAACCACACCUCUGGAAGCAGGUAAUUCCUGACCACAAAGGGCAGGAGUGGGAUCCCAAACACCCAGAGAGCUACUCUGGGAUCUUCCACUUUCAGUUCUGGGUGUUUGGAGAAUGGGUGGACGUGGUGGUGGACGACCGGCUGCCUACCAUCAACGGUGAACUCAUCUACUGUCACUCUAAGGACAACAAUGAGUUCUGGAGUGCUCUGCUGGAGAAGGCCUACGCCAAGCUGUCUGGCUGCUAUGAGUCCCUGGAGGGGGGAAACACCGGAGACGCUGUGGUGGACUUCAGUGGAGCGGUGGCUGAAGCCAUCGACCUGGAGACAGGAGCUUACUACAAGGACCAGGAAAAACAAGACCAGCUGUUUGAGGAUCUGCUAAAGGUUUACGACCGUGGAGGAAUCAUAAGCUGCUCCAUUAAGGCACAGCCUCAUGAGAUUGAAGCGAGGAUGGCAAAUGGGCUGGUGAAAGGCCACGCGUACUCGGUAACUGCAGUGAAGAAAGUGCGUUUGGGUCACGGGCUGCUGGCCUACUUCAAGAACGAAACCAUUCCUCUGAUCCGCAUGAGGAACCCCUGGGGCCAGACGGAGUGGAAAGGAGCCUGGAGUGACAGCUCUGUGGAAUGGUCAAAGAUUGGUGAUACGGAGAGGGGCAACCUUGGCAUCACAGUAGAGGACGAUGGCGAGUUCUGGAUGUCCUUCACAGACUGGUGCAAGUUCUUCACAGAAGCAGAUGCUUGCCGUCUCAUCAAUACAUCAGUCUUCAGUGUCCAUAAGCAGUGGCAUGAGGUCGUGCACUAUGGGAGCUGGACCAAAAACGCAGAGCCGCUUUUAAACCGCUGCGGUGGCUGUGCCAACCACAAGCCCACAUUCCUGCAGAACCCACAGUUCUUGUUUGAUGUGACAAAGGAGGUAGAUGAGGUCUUAAUCGCCUUGCAACAGAAAGACCUGAAGAGCCACAGAAAAUACGGUCAAGGAGAAAAUCUAAGCAUUGGCUUCAUUGUCUUGAGGGUGGAACUGAACAGGAAGUACCGGAUGCACGACAUCCUGACCCAGCAGGUUGUGGAGACGUCCACCUACAUCAACGCUCGGGCAGUGUUCAUGAGAAGCACGCUCCCAAAGGGCCGCUACAUCAUCAUCCCCACCACAUUCAAGCCGUAUGAGCUGGGGGAUUACAUGAUCCGAGUUUUCACAGACGUGGACUCAGGCUGCAGGGAGUUGACCGAGGAUAAGCCGAGGGUGAGAUGCUGGAGUUCAUUCGUCGGAUACCCACAAGCUCUGACUCACGUCUACGUCCAUGGAGCCGAGGGGCUGCAGAACCAGGACAACACAGGAGGUGCGGACCCCUAUGUGAUCAUAUACUGUGAGGGCAAAUCAGUGCGAUCCACCAUCAAGACGGACACCCUGCAACCAGAGUUUACAACCAGCGGCAUUUUCUACAGGAAGAAGCCCAGAAAGCCCAUAACUGUGGAGGUGUGGAACAGCAACGCAGUGAAGGACGAGUUCAUGGGCCAGGUGGUGUUGUCCGGGUCGGUGAAGGACCCCGACGGCCCCCAGAGGCUCCAGCUUAGGAAGGGGGGACGCCACAUGGCCGACGAGAUGCCCGGUAACAUCACUCUGAGGAUUGUCACUUCUACUCAGCUGACUGCCAUGUGAUCUCAUCACUGACCUGAGCGAGGGCUGAAUCUCUUUCAGUGCUGAACAUUUUAUUUGACAUGUGCCCAAGCGCCAAAAACAGUUGUGGUUCGAACUGUUCUCUACUGCUGGAUGUCCAUGUUUGUGUGUGAUUUUAUACUUUUAUUUGCACGUUGGUGAAUUGUUUGCAAAGUUGAGAGCUGAGCAGGGCACUGUUGGACCGGCUGAAUGUCAAUUCCUGUCAUUUUUUUAUCAAAAUGUUUAAUCUUUAUUACUUUUUAAAUCAUUUAUGUGUAACUUAUAAAAUAUUUUUAUAUUGACGUUUUGCAAGUUGCUUGUAAAGAUAUCAUUCCUUUUUAUGUUACACUAUAGAUACUGUGAGUGAUAUGGCAGUAAUUUGUCAUCAAGUCUUAACAUACAUUAUCAUUUUGUCACUUUUUAUGCAGAAAACCUUAAAACAUGUACAACACAUAAUGUAUCAUCUAUUUCUGUAAUGCAUCUUCUGCUCCUUUCUUCCAUCAGUUCAUAUCAUCAUGUUUUAUUCUCAUUAAGAAAAUGCAAGACACUGAAUGACAUAAAGAAUUAAAAAACUUAAGAAUCACAAUAGACUGCAAGCAUUAACACAACUCUGGUUUUCUUCCUCUUUUUAUUUCAGUCCAGUUCCCAAACUGCGAUAUUUUGUUUGUUUUUUUACACUCAAGACACAGCCAUGCACGAUUCAAAGUUCAAAAAGUCUAUUGCUUCAACCACAAUUAAAAAUAGUUUAUCCAAAACCUCA